UUAACAGUUUCAUUUAGAAAUCUAACAUGAAUAAAACAAGACAUGGAAUUUCUCUUCUUCUCCUUCUUUCAUCGACAUGUUUCUUUUCAAGAAUUUGCUAUGGCGGAGAUACAAUUACAUCAACAAAUUUCAUCAAAGACCCUGCAACUAUUAUAUCCAAUACCAGUGUCUUCAAAUUGGGGUUCUUCACACCUUCAAAUUCUACCCAUCGAUAUGUUGGAAUUUGGUUUGAGAAGAUUUCUCCACAAACUGUUAUGUGGGUUGCAAACAGAGAUACCCCUCUGAAUAAUACUUCUGGGAUUUUCACUAUUUCUAACGAUGGAAAUCUUGUGGUUUUAGAUUCAACCAAUACCAUCCUUUGGUCUUCAAAUAUUUCUUCUUCUUCUUCUUCAGCAGCCAACAACACAAUCGCUCAAAUUUUAGAUACAGGAAACCUGGUUUUGAAAGAUACUUCUUCAGGGGUGAUUAAAUGGGAGAGUUUCGAACACCCAACUGAUAAAUUCUUGCCUUCCAUGAAGCUUAUAACCGACAAAAGAACAAAUGAGCACGUGGGUUUUACCUCGUGGAACUCCCCUUCCGAUCCAUCUACAGGUAAUUUCUCAUUUUUGUUGGAUGUUCGUAAUAUUCCUGAAGCUGUGAUUUUGAAUGGUGGCAAAACUUAUUGGCGAUCUGGUCCAUGGAAUGGUCAGUCAUUUAUUGGAAUACCUGAAAUGUAUUCUGUUUAUCUCUCUGGGUAUAACCUUGCAAUCCAAGAUCAAAUUUACACUCUUUCUCUUGCUACAAAUAUUGGAGCUCAAGAAAUCUUGUAUUUGUUCCUAAGCUCACAAGGGAAUUUUGAGCAAAGGAAUUGGGAUGACGAGAAGAAGCAAUGGAAUACUAGUUGGGUUUCUCAUAAAACAGAGUGUGAUUUCUAUGGAACCUGUGGGGCCUUUGGAAUUUGUAAUGCAAAAACAUCCCCUGUUUGUAGCUGUUUAACAGGGUUUAAGCCGAAGCAGGAAAAGGAAUGGAAUCAAGGAAAUUGGAGAAGUGGGUGUGUGAGAAAGACGACAUUAAAAUGUGAGAAACAGUUAAACAACAACACUGAUGCUAAAGAAGAUGAGUUUUUAAAAUUGGGAAUGGUUAAAGUUCCAUUCUUUGCAGAGUGGUCUUUUGCCUCUCUUUCAAUUGAUGAUUGUCGGCGCGAGUGCUUGAGAAAUUGCUCGUGUAGUUCAUAUGCAUUUGAAAAUGACAUUUGUAUACAUUGGAUGGAUGACUUGAUUGAUACAGAACAGUUUGAGAGCGUUGGAGCUGAUCUUUACCUUCGAAUCGCAUCCGCAGAUUUACCAACAAAUAGCGGAAGAAACAAUAAGAGAAUUAUUAUAGCUAUAGUGAUACCAGUAACGUUUGUCAUCUUCAUCAUUGCCAUAUUUUUAACCAUGUGGAAAAGGAAGAUAAACAAACACGAGAAGAAGCUGAAUAUGACAUCUAGUGUGAAAAAGAAGAUUUUGAAACAAUCAAUAGUAGAUGAUGAUAUGAUUGAGGGUGAAAUCAAACUUGAGGAACUACCACUUUACGAUUUUGAGAAGGUAGCAAUUGCAACAAAUUACUUUGAUUUGAACAGCAAGCUUGGGCAGGGUGGCUUUGGUCCAGUGUAUAAGGGGAAAUUAUUAAAUGGACAGGAAAUAGCAGUAAAGAGGCUUUCAAGAGCUUCUAAACAAGGGUAUGAAGAAUUUAUCAAUGAAGUGAGAGUGAUUUCAAAGCUACAACACAGGAAUCUUGUAAGACUUUUGGGUUGCUGCAUUGAAGGAGAAGAGAAGAUGUUAAUAUAUGAGUAUAUGCCCAACCUAAGUUUGGAUGCAUGGAUCUUUGGCUCUUCCAAACCUAAAAUUCUGGAUUGGAGAAAAAGGUUUAAUAUUGUUGAUGGAAUUGCUCGUGGUCUUCUUUAUCUUCACAGAGAUUCAAGAUUGAAAAUUAUUCAUAGAGAUCUUAAGGUAAGUAAUAUUUUGUUAGAUAAAGAUUUGAACCCUAAGAUUUCGGAUUUUGGCAUGGCAAGAAUAUUUGGUGGCGAUGUAGUUCAAGCAAACACUGUAAGAGUCGUUGGAACUUAUGGAUAUAUGUCUCCCGAAUACGCAAUGCAAGGUCAAUUUUCAGAGAAAUCAGAUGUGUUUAGCUUUGGAGUUUUGUUACUUGAAAUUAUUAGCGGGAGAAGAAAUACAGAACUCUACCUCCAUGAAUCUAGCAUAAGCUUACUGGGAUUUGCAUGGAAAUUGUGGACAGAAGACAAUCUUAUUCCUUUGAUCGAACCAACGAUAUAUGAACCGUGCUAUCAAUUAGAGAUUUUGAGAUGCAUUCAUGUGGGGCUGUUAUGCGUUCAAGAAUUUAUAAAUGAUCGGCCAAACGUUUCCACUAUCAUUUCAAUGCUUAAUAGUGAGAUUGUUGAUCUUCCUUCUCCAAAGGAACCUGGAUUUGUUGGUAGACCACAUGAAACUGACACAGAAUCUUCUCAAAAAAAAUUAGAUCAAUGUUCUACAAAUAAUGUUACACUUUCAGCAGUUAUAGCACGAUAAUGAGUUAGAUCAGGAAAAUAAUUCUUCAAUAGAUUUUAGGCCACACGUGUAAUAAUUUUGCCUCAUUUCUAGAGGAACUAUUACUAGUUUAUUGUUAUUAUGUGAAAUUUAUUUCAUUGUAACCCUUUAUAAAUUUAGUCAGUUUAAGAAUGUAAUAUAGGAAGUUUUUGGAAAAUCAGUGAUAUAUAAUACUGUCUAUAUAUAAACACAACUAUUAUUAGAAGACAUGAUAUUAUGGAUGAAA